CACCGAAUCGCAACACACUAAUUCUGUUUUUCGCAAUUCUUUAUGCCGGCAUUGUUUUUUCAAUUAUUUGUAGUAAAUAGCAAUUAAAAGUGUAUAAAAAUGUCUGACAACGAUGAUGACUUCAUGUGCGAUGAUGAUGAGGACUAUGGAUUGGAAUAUUCUGAGGAUAGCAAUUCGGAGCCCGAUGUGGAUCUGGAGAAUCAGUACUACAACAGCAAGGCGCUGAAGGAGGAGGAGCCCAAGGCGGCGCUGGCCAGUUUCCAGAGAGUGCUCGAUCUGGAGAAUGGUGAGAAGGGCGAGUGGGGCUUCAAAGCGCUCAAACAGAUGAUUAAGAUUAAUUUUCGUUUGCUCCCCCAGUGCAACUACGACGAAAUGAUGGUGCGUUACAAGCAACUAUUGACGUACAUUAAGAGCGCCGUCACCAGAAAUCACUCGGAAAAGAGCAUCAACUCGAUAUUGGACUACAUAUCCACCUCCAAGAAUAUGGCUCUGUUGCAGAACUUUUACGAAACCACUUUGGAUGCUUUGAGGGAUGCAAAGAACGACAGAUUGUGGUUCAAGACAAACACUAAGUUGGGCAAACUCUACUUUGAUCGCAGCGACUUUACCAAGCUGCAAAAGAUACUCAAGCAGCUGCACCAGAGCUGCCAGACGGACGAUGGCGAGGAUGAUCUCAAAAAGGGUACACAACUGCUGGAGAUUUACGCGCUGGAGAUUCAAAUGUACACCGUGCAGAAGAACAACAAGAAGUUGAAGGCGCUGUACGAGCAGUCGCUGCAUAUCAAGUCGGCCAUACCGCAUCCAUUGAUUAUGGGCGUGAUACGCGAGUGUGGCGGCAAGAUGCAUCUGCGUGAGGGCGAGUUCGAGAAGGCGCACACCGAUUUCUUUGAGGCGUUCAAGAACUACGAUGAGAGCGGCUCACCCAGGCGUACCACAUGCCUCAAGUACUUGGUUCUGGCUAACAUGUUGAUGAAAUCAGGCAUCAAUCCAUUCGACUCGCAGGAGGCCAAACCGUACAAGAAUGAUCCCGAAAUACUCGCCAUGACCAAUCUGGUUAAUUCGUAUCAAAACAAUGACAUCAACGAGUUUGAGACCAUUCUGCGCCAGCAUCGUAGCAACAUUAUGGCCGAUCAGUUUAUACGCGAACACAUUGAGGAUCUUCUGCGCAAUAUACGCACCCAAGUGCUCAUAAAACUGAUUAGACCGUACAAGAACAUCUUUAUACCAUUUAUAGCCAGCGCCCUGAACAUUGAGCCCGCCGAAGUGGAGAGCCUUCUGGUCUCCUGCAUUUUGGAUGACACCAUCAAGGGACGCAUUGAUCAGGUCAAUCAGGUGCUGCAGCUGGACAAGGUCAAUAGCAGCGCCGCUCGCUAUAAUGCCCUGGAGAAGUGGUCCAAUCAAAUCCAUUCUCUGCAGUUUGCUGUCGUACAGAAAAUGGCCUAAAUACGCCUAAUUGUGGCCUUUUAAACCCGCAUUAAAUUAUCUAGAAUAUAUCCAA